GAUGUAGACUGUGGAUCGGAACAGAGUUCGCUCUCUCUUUCGUGCUCCGUUUCUUCACGUUGGUAACCCGUGAUUCGGUUUCUUUUUUCGAUGUAGAGUAACAAACCGAUGAAGCCUUUCACUAUAUUACAUAACUCUUGUUGUAUGCGGUGUUAAGAGCAGUUCUAGUGGAUGAUUGAUGCUGAGAUUUUUUUUUAUACUAACCUCAGAUGAAAACUUGUUUGGUCACUCCCACAAGAUAAGGCGAAGAAGAAACUCGGGGUAAGCGUGAGCGGCGAAUGCGAAAAACAAACAUCGCCGGGCGAGCGAAUAUUGACUUUUCACUCCAUCGGAGCCUGGUCUAGUUUGUCUGGCUCGGAAGAAAUUCGUCGAAAUAUCUGCAGUGGAUUAACUCAAGCUGAUGAAACUCGAAUUUCGACUAGUCCAGCCUCUUCCGCCUACGCCCCUUCUUCGCCUUGAAAUCACUUUACAAAUCAUUUAGUUAAGAAAGAGUAACUGGAUUUUCUCUUCUCACGCAAAAGGGCUUCUUAACUGGUCCCCCCCAAAUGUGCAGCCAGGACGGCAGAUAGCUCAUGGCGUCCCUUGUAAUCUGAUAAUGACUAUUUUAAAUAUCCGCCGUCUAGUGCUUUGAGGAAUGAGAACUUAGAUUCUCAUUUUCUUUCCCCCUUUUUCACCCCUUCUUCCUUUCGGUUCUUUCCCUCCUUUUGCUAAAGUGAAUUGCAAGUUCCUCUCCAACUAGAGUCGGUGCCCCUGGAGAUUAACAUCCUUUUCCGUUUAACGAGAACCUUUUAGAGGAUAAAGUCCAUUCUCUUAGUUACGUUAUCAGCUCAUGUUCAAAAUGAAGCUCAAAGAACGCGUCGUCAUCGCUGUCAUGACGGGACUCGUCCUCCUGACGGUUGUGCUCGUCCUGGAUGUCGAGACCCGUCUCUCGUCCGGAGACCGACCGCGCACUCCAGCCCACGCCCGCGUCCAGUAUGCCUUUCACCAGAGGCACCUUCAGAAAACCAGCAAUGGGUCCCGGGAGGCGUCUCUCUUAGCCGCUGCAUCGGCUCAACAUAGCGCCGGAAAUGAGGAUCCAGCCCAUGCCCAGCAGGCGGCUGCCGAAUCUCUCUUGGGUGUCGGCGCUACCAACGAGCGCGAAGAGCCGAAAGCCACGCCCACCGUCCCGCCUGACCCCUACACUGACCUCUAUGAGGCAUCACUGAAAGUCGAGAACAUCAGCAAAAGGAACAGAAGACGGCGGAAGCACUGGAACCCAAACUUGGGAGAACUCCUCGGCAUCGAAGCAAGAGAGAACGCCUCCAUGUGGGACAGGUUCCAUCUCGGUAUAUCCAGGGAUGAGCUGUAUGGUGCCCAAGAUCCAACUGUCAACAGACUCUUGCAACAGGUGUCUACGAUGCCAAUCACUCACAUAACUCAAAAGGAAGGCGGAACCCAGCUCAAACUAAUCAUAGAGUUUGCUGAUGGCGGUCACGCGCUCUUCAAACCCAUGAGGUUCCCCAGAGAGCAGCAUCGAACCCCCCUCAAGCAAUCUUUUCAUUUCACCGACUUCGAGAGACACAACGCCGAGAUCGCUGCCUUCCAUCUUGAUAGGUUGUUAGGCUUCCGGCGUGCAGUUCCGAUUACUGGUCGAAAUUUGAAUAUGACUCGAGAGCUGUAUGCCUUGGCUCAGGGAGACCUUCUGAAGACGUUCUUCAUCUCACCCGACAGUAAUCUCUGCUUCCACGGAAAGUGCAGUUACUACUGUGACACAGCACACGCCAUCUGCGGUAAUCCUGACAUGUUGGAAGGAUCGUUCGCCAUCUUCCUCCCAGGAAAAGAUGCCGCACCUAGGAAAGUAUGGAGGCAUCCCUGGCGCAGGAGUUACCACAAGAGGCGCAAGGCUCAGUGGGAAGUCGAUGAUGAAUACUGCGAACUUGUGAAGGAGGUACACCCAUACAACGAAGGUCGACGGCUCUUAGACAUCAUGGACAUGUCCAUAUUAGAUUUCAUGAUGGGCAACAUGGACAGACAUCAUUACGAAACAUUUAAGGCUUUUGGGAAUAAUUCUGCUCCUGUUCACCUUGAUCAUGGCCGUGGAUUUGGCAAACCAUUCCAUGAUGAAAUCUCAAUUUUGGCACCAAUUUACCAGUGUUGUCUCAUCAGGCAUUCUACCCUUGACACAUUGUUAAGGUUCCAUCGUGGCCCGCAGCACCUGAGUGAUGCCAUGAGGUCUUCUAUGAGUGUUGAUCCAAUCACCCCUAUCCUUUGGGAGCCUCAUUUGGUGGCUUUGGACCGAAGAGUGAACAUUGUUCUUCAAAUAGUGCGAGAGUGUGUGGAGAAGGCUCAGGAUCCUUUACAUGUAAUAGUGAAUGAUUUCCAUUAGCUAACCAUCUUAGGUUAAUAUUUGUGGCAAAUACCAUGUACCAUUGUACAUGACUAUUACAUGAAUAGUCUGAUGUAGAUCCAGAACACUUUGCACUGAAUUGUUCAGUGACAGUGAAAUGUGUACACCAGUGUAGUAUAAAAAACGCUUUGCAUAACUCUGUAUGCAAUACGCUGACCAGCUUUAUCCUGGUGUAGUGCAUAAUGGCUUAGUACAUGGAAAAAUGCUUUGUAUCAGUGCACAAGGAACCAGACAUGAUGGGAAGUGCAAAAUUCAGUGCAUUGCAGAUUCUACAUUGGAAUUGUAUAUCUUAAUGGCUAAUUGUGUUAAACGUUUAAGUGUAUGCUUUAGGUGAUGGGUGUAGCUCUUUCAGGGUGUGGUGGGGUCAGCUCUAAAUUCUGACUGGAAGGAUGCUCAUACGUACUGCAUCAAGUAAUUACUAAGAAGUCCAACUCAACAAAAAAUGAAUAUAGUCCAGAAAACUGAAGAGUUGUUCAUGACUUGUUGGUAGCAUUCUUUAUUUGCAGGCAUAUAUUGGUACAUAUAUACCAAAUCCAGUUACACCUAUUGGUUUAAAUUUACCCAGGAGUCUUAAUAUUAACUUGCUGAAUUUAACAUGUCAAGUUAACAGCAAGAAACGGUAAAAUGUGAUAAAAUUAUUAGAAACAGCCUUCCAUGAAAUAAUUAUUGUACAUGGCUCAUGAGUGAAAAUGAAGGUGUAGUUCAUGUAGUGGUGCACAUUUAUACAGGUGCUAAUUUAAUGCAUAUAGCAUAAUGCUUAAUGUCAGCCAAACUGAAAAUACAGUACAGUAAAGUGACUGACUUGUUAGCCUCUACAGGUACCUUUGUUUAGCAGUUAGAUAUCGUGUAAAAUAAAAAAAAAAAAGCCAAGUUUUAUAAAAUUCUAUAGGUAGUAGUAUACAGUCCAUUCUGCUAUAACAGACUAUUAUGAAGUUGGAAUACAAAUAUACCUCGUUUUACCUUAAAUGUAAAAUAACGGAAGUUGUUUUAACAAAAUUCAGUUUGCAGAUACAUAUAUGUACUGUGAUUUUAUCAAGAAUCCAUAAUCUCAAGGUAUUUGAUCAUAUAUAAAUAAAAGUAGCUCUACCUAGUAUAUUUUUGAAUUAUUAACAGAUACAGAAUUGGUAAUAGAUAUCUGCCAAUUUCAUAAAAGUUAAGUUGUGUUCUGGAAGACUUGUUUGUGAACCAGUGAAUUUCACUUUUAAAGAAUAGUUUUAUUUUAUUAACAAACACUAAAAACUUAAUACCUAAGUGUUCUAUAUUAUAUAUAUAGUAUACUACAUACUAUAUAUGUGAAGUAGUACAAUAUAUGACAGCAACCACAUUUCAGAACUGGCAGACACACAAUUCAUUUUCUGGCUGCAGUGUUCUGUUUUAGUUUUGAAACUGAAUUGUUUGGCUGUAGCAGAGAAGACUGUAUGUAAAUAAAGAGAAAUAUUUAUAAUUUUGAAAUCAUUGUACAGAAUUGCAUAAAUUGUUUUGACAAUUUUAAUGAAAGACAUUUGGAAAAUUGUAUUUUUUUAUAGUUGUGUUAACUGCUUAUUUAUUGUUGCACUCGGUAAAGAACUAGUAUGUUCACGAUAUUGUUGGCUGUAUGAAAGGGAAUUUAGUAUUUUAAUUUUGUGUGUGUACACAGUUUAAGUGUAAAAUUAUUUUAUGGACCUAAAAAGAAAAAAUUAAAUGGGUACAUUACCUUUAGAUUAUAAGAACUUUUCUUUAUAUUGCAAAAAAUUUUGUAUGAAAAUGCAUUGCAAAAACGAAAUUUUUUCCCCCCUGCCUUCCUUUCACUAAAAGAAGGCUGAAGCUGUUGGUUGAAAGUUGACCCCAGAGGUGAUGUUUGUCACAGUUAACAGCCAUUGCUGUUUGUUUUUUCAUUCUCUCUUGAGCACUAUUUUCUAACAAGCUGUCACUACAUGGCAUAUUUUAUUUCCUUUUUACUGGAUACUAAGUGUUAUGCAUCUGAUUCAACUUAUUUUAUGGUACUGAAAUUCCAGUGAAAUUGAGCUUUCCUUAACCCAAUAGGCUGCUAUUUCAGAUAUUGUGUAUACAGUACUGUUAUUUUGGCAGACCUAGAUUUAUUGGUACACUGUGAUAUGUUAUUUAAAAAAUCUGUAGUCGGGUCAUUUUGAUUAUCUGAAAUAAUUUUAAAAGCAGAUAUUGAGUAUAGUACUGUAUCCAAUAGGGAAGUACGUAAUCCUAAAUGAAAUGGUUUCUAAUAUGAAUUUUUAAAUUAUAUUUAAAAUACCAAUAUCUCUUCAUGCAUGAAAAUGAAAUUUAUUGCCUACACACUUACAUUUUUUUGUAAAUUAAACUGUUUAUAAGUAUUAAGUCAGUUGUGAAGUUUGAAAGCUGCUCGGCUAUAUAUAUAUACUUGAGUGUUAUGUUGAAACUGAAGUACAUUCCAUUAUUGCACUGCAUAAAUGGUGAUCUACCAAUCAUCUGAAAUAUGUAAUGCAUUACACCAUAUCAGUUUGCAUUGGCUUUGUGAACUGUAGGAAAAAAAUUGAGACAUGUGAAUGUUUAUUAAAGCUCUAAUGACAUAAAAAAAGCAAAUCUUUAGUAUUUUCUGUUAACUAAUUUAUGUAUGUAACAUGCAUAGAAUUUCUACACAUUUAUUUCAUUGGAAGCAUCAUGUAAUGACAUUCCUAAUAUGCAUUAUGUUAUUUGGAGGUAGGUUAUGUCCAGUUAUUCCACAUGUGACAAUGUGUUAAACUGCAACCUAAGGAAAUGUGGUCCAAAUGCCAUAUAUUUUUAUAUGCAUUAUCUUCAUAGUAAUAUGGUUCUGAACAAACAUACUGAAACAUUCUACCACAGACUGUACAUAAUACUGUAGUAGGUUAUAAUUACUGCUAAAGAUGCAUAUAAAAGUACAGCAUAGCGACUUGCACAAAGUUGAGAAAUGCUGUUUAACAGCUUGAAUCUUGCAUUACUCAUAUUUUAGACCAUAUUGUUAACAAAUGACAACUUGAAAAUUAUUUACAUUUUGCAUAGGUAAUAUUUUGUGAUAUAAAAAAACUUAAUUCUUGCUAAAGUUGUUCUCUUAACUAUAAAAUCAGUAGUUAUAUUUGUUUGUUUUGCAUAGUUUCCACAUUGCACAAUAAACCCAGAGUUUAGUUUAAGAAAUUACAUCUAAGUGUUAUAUUUGCAUGUAGAUUUUUACACACAAAGAAAUAUUGGUUAUCAAAUUCUAUAAGAAAAACUGUACGUGCGAGUCACUGUGCAGUAAGCCUGGGUGUUGAACUCUAUCACCAAGAUAGACAUUAUCUUAGGGUAGUAAGUAAUGUUGAACCUGUAUGUGUUAAAUGCAGGACAACUUCUGUAUUUAAAGCAGUGUCCUAGGCAACAAGGGCUGUGAUAAAAAGAUUUUACUUUCCUUAAACCAUUAACUAUGAAUAAAUUUUUGACUUAGGUUUAAUGAAACAGCUUAAAUGUAUUAGAAAACUUUGUGAUGUAACUUUUCAAAAUUGUAGCUGUUAAAUAUAAAGUGCCAAGCUCUCAUGUAUUACAUAUAAUUAUUUUAUGUACUAUAUGGUAUAGUAUGUAAAGAUGUGUACAAGCUUUCCUUGCACUUAUAUGUAGGUAUGGUAAUUAUGUGGUGCAAUUGCAUUUCUGAAUUUAUAAAAAUUGCUCCUGUGUGUUUAAGAACACAUCUUUCUUAUUGAAACCAAGAUUUUGUUAAUUUCUGAUAACCAGUCUUUUUACACAACCAAAUCUGACUGCUCUUCUUAAUAUAUUUUUUGGCAUUAAAUAUCUUGCAUAAACAUAAUGCUGAAAAUUCAUGACAUUAACAUGAUAACAAAUCUGGGUGAAAAUGUCUUCACUUAUUUGUUAGUACUAAUUUAUAGCCAUCAAAUGCCAUGGAAAAUAUUUCAUAAUUCUCUCUCAUUUACCUGUCAUUUUAAAUCUUUAUAAUGUAUUUUAGUAUACCACUUUCGAAGGAAAAAUAUUAAAUUAGAACAAAGUGAUGGCUGCAUGCAAGUACUCGUACCAUUUACUAAUCAGUAAUUGAAAAGUUAUCCUUAAUAUUAUAGAAUUAAUACAACAACCAGAGCUUGAAAAUAAUUUCUAGGAAAAGAGGACUCUAUCUUUACCAAUUAUCAUGAGCAGCAGUUAGGACUGUGUAAGAAGGCUUAGUUGUGCAUAUGUAAGGCAGAACACUUAGCUUUUUGUCUUUCAUUUUUUAUAAGUUAAUAACAUUUUGUGAUAGCUUUAAUUUAUCAUUCAAGUGGUUUGUUGUUUUUGUAAGUUUUGGUGGAAAGUAACUCCAUAACUUCUGUAUAAAAUUUAGUGUAAAUAACUAAAAUCUUGCUUUCAGGGUUUUUCACUUAUGUUCAGAUUGAUUUAAAAUUCUGAAAGAUGUUAGACAUUUGCCAAUCACUUGACAUGUUUUAAAUAUGUUAAAAGACUAAUCGAAUUUCACUUUACUUAGGAAUGUGCAAGUAUUGUGCUGUAUUGUGUAGAUGUGUUCAAUGUGGAGUGGUUCUUUUGUUUCUAAAUUCAACAGAAAGCACAUUCAGUAAAGUUAUAAAAUGUAGUGAUUAAAGUUAUGGAAACUGAGAAUUGCAUGGUAUUUGAUGUGCAUUUAUAGUUGACAGGUGCGAUAGAAAGUGUUGCCACCAGGCCUCCCCUUUCCCUCCUUAAGUCAGUCUUCCAUACGACACCAUGUACUGAUGUACUGUAUUAGUUAAUCUUACAUAAAGGGGAAAUGCAGUUAUUCGUGUUCCUUCUUUCCAACAGUGGAGUGGGUAAUAAAAAUUCACAGGGACACAGGAUAUAUUUAUGGAAAGUUUUACUCUAUUACUAUAACACUUGACUAGCUACAUUGCUUACAAUGUAAUUCUGGAUGUUUAAAAAGCAAGUAGACAUCUUUGAAUAACCACAGUGAUGAUAUUGUGAACAUCACCAAUAAAACUCAUUAAUGCUUCUUUUAGCAUUAUUGGAUAACACAGGGUACCUAGGUGUCAUGUUUAAAAAGUAUUAUAUAAGAAUUCAGCUAAUUACUACAGUCUGUAGGUCAAUUAACAAGUUGUGUUAUUGAAGAAAGAUCUUAUACUUCAGUAAAACAUUAGGUCAAAUAGGCAUCAUUAAAUAUGAAGCCAGUGAUGAAACCUGAAGAUAAAAGCAUAUGUUGAAAUGGGUAAAAACUCUCUGAUUUUGGAUUUUUAAUACUGUAUCCAAAUUAGUUUGCAAAAACAUUAUACAAAUUUUCCAGUUCUCUUUGUAUUUAAUGAUUCAGUUUUCAUACAUUCUUUUAUGGCAACAGUUUGUAAUCACUAUUUAUAAUUCAAAGGUUGCAACUUCAUACUGAGUAGUAGUAGUACUUGAGAUAAGUAUUAGAACUAAGAGUCAUGCUGUCUGUCCGAAAAUGUUAUCAGUAUAACUAAAUUACAAUAACAGAAAAUUCUGCUAUGUGAAUGAAACUCUUUCAAGGUAAAUUUCUGAAAAUUAAUAAAGUUUCAUAAUGCUGGUUGCUAUACAAACAAGAGCAGUCUUAAGAAAACUUUUCCCAUCUAUGAGAGGCUUUCAUGGGCCAUUAUUAGUCUUUAAAAAUUACCUUGUAUAAAUUUAUAUUAAUUACCUUUGUAAAUGAUUAAGUAGAACUCUGACAAAUCCUUUUUUAUAGUUUUGUUUUAUCCAAAAUUACAAAGAUUUAGAGUUUUUUCCUUUACUCUUAAUUACUUGGUAAUAUGCACAGGAACUGCCAAGGCUAGGCAGUAGUUCAAAAAACUUGUUCUUGUGCAUGGGUAAGCUUUUUGUUGAUCGCACAUUUGCAUGAAUGCGUGAAAGAAAUUUACAUACAAUUUCUGUAUUCAUUAUAGCUACUAUUGAUUUAUGAAGAAAAUCUUUGAAUUCCUAUCAUUUAUUUCAGGUAAAAAAUACAUUCUAAAUUUUCAAGAAUUAUGAUUGGUAAGGUAAAUUAUAAUGUAACCUGGGCUUCAGUAACAAUAUUGUUUUACUUGCACAAUAUGAUGGAAAAAUAAAAGUACAUUCAACUUAAGGGAGCUUGCUAAGAAAAAUUUAUACUACCUUGAGUAUCUUGUGGCUCAUGUUAUAUAAAUGCUGGAAAAUAUUGUACAUGUAGAGUAACCUUUUUCUUAUUCCUGGUAUCUAUGCUACUGUAAGUACUGCCAUACCAAUUACAAGGAGAACAAGAUGUUUAUGAUGAUGUUAUUUUAAAAACCUAUAGAGGGGGAAAAUUUGGUUUAUUUAGAUAACACUAUUUCUUGCAAAAACAAUACGCAAAUAAGUUUUACUUUUCACAAAAAAUCGGCCUUAAACCAGAGACUAAAGCUUUGUGAUAAACUAAAUCUGCCAAAAGAAUAGCCAGCAUGUUGUAGUUUCACUGUAAUUUAUUAUAUUACCCAUCAACAUUGCAAAGGGUAGCUUAUACUAAAAGGAUUACUGAAAGUGAUGUCGACUACAUCUCUCAAGAGAAUCAGUGUCUAGUAAUAAAAUUUAAAAGAAUAGCUAUCAUUACAUAUUAAAGGAAAAACUACCCAAAGACAAAUUUGAAAGCACUGAGAUCAUUAAUCAAUCUUCUGUUGUAGUAUAUUCCCAGACUUACAUUGUAGAGCUUGUGUGCAAAUUUGAUGUUUUCUGUCCUUUGUGAAAACUUUAUAUUUUUAUAUGAUUUUCAGAUUUUUUAAAAUCUGUGGAACAGAGAAGCCCGUGUGACAGAGCUUAAAAUAAUAACACUGCUCCUUUGUUUUUUAAUCAUACAAUCUUCACACUGCUGUUUUUUCUUCGACUUCUCACACUUUUCUUCAAGUUCCUCAUUUUAUAUUUUCCAAUGCAAUUUGUUAAGAAUUUAAUUAUCUUGGGAGUUAACUUGCAAGAGAAGGGUUUAGGAAUUUGUAAAUUAAUAAAAAAAUUUAUUUUGCUCUAGUCUGUAUGAUUGGUUGUGAGAUGGAGAUGUAAAAAAUGAAAUAUAUACUGUAGUAAUAUACAACCAA